AACUGGAAAACGAAAGUGAACGAGUGACGCUGGUUUCAGUGCAGACGAAGACACGAUGGUACCCGGCCUAACAAGUGCUAUCCCGAGAUUUUACUCUUUGCCUUAGUUUAUUUUUUAUAAUUAUUGUGAAUGUAACAUGAGCGGAUAUCGGUAGGCUAAAAUGGCAGCUGAAAACUACGUGGCUAAACUAAACGAAUAUGCUCAGAGACAUCGCUCUGUGCUGCGAUAUGAGGAAGUUGGCUCUGUUGGUCCUGAUCACAUUAAAACAUUUACUUUAAGAGCGAUCUUGAACAACAAGGCGUUUCCCGAUGGCGUGGGGCACAAUAAGAAGGAGGCCAAACAGAACGCAGCUCAAAAGGCCCUGAGAUGCCUGUUGGAGGAAUCAGCAGAUUGUACAGAAAAUGUAGCAGAUGCUUCCACUUCACCGGUUCAACAGACGAGCAUCAUUAACAACCGUUUUGUCUGUUGGCUCAAUGAAUACGGUAACAGGAACAAGGUGUUGAUACGGCCUGUAGAGUCAACCCAACUGGGACCAAACAAUGCUUCUUAUUGCUGCAGCUUUUGGGUUGGUGAGAAGGAGUUUCCAGUUGGCUAUGGUAAAACAAAGAGGGAAGCCAAGGAGGAAGCAGCGAAGCUUGCACAUCGCGAGAUAUGUGACAGUAAAGCUACAGAGACUGGAGAUUGGAAAUACGGUAGCACAUCAAGCCAGCAAAAUGAGGAAGCCAAACAAGUUGAAAUCUGUGAUAAGACCAACAGACUCAGUUUAAAGGCAGAAGGUGGAAACUUCAUUGGCAUGGUCAACCAGUACUGUCAGGAAACACAGCGCUCCCACGCUUGGGUCUUUGUGAAAAGAUGCGGUGAAGCACAUAGCCCCCAAUUCUUCUACAAGUUAGAGAUCGACAACAAGGAGUACCCUGUGGGUGAGGGGAAGAAUGUGAAAGAAGCUAAACAAAAUGCAGCUCAGCUGGCCUGGGCUGCUCUUCAAGAGCAGAUCGACUUCAAAAGCAAGCUAACUGAGUCUGACGAGGGUGCGCCAGCCAGUCUUCCCACACCGUCAAACUCACUAAUUGAUGCACAGUCAAAACGAAUCCAGGCAGCUAAAAGUGACUCAGGGGUUUUCAGCAAUUCACCGAAACCUCCCAAAGAUCAGGAUCACAGUCCCAAAGUGAAGCCCAAAAUAAGACUUGCAGCAAAUUUCCAAAAUGCGCACAGGCAAAGUAAAGAGGCUGUAACUAGUUUCAAUGGAAAGACUCCAGGGAACAGUCCGUGUAAGGAAACACCAGCCCAGUCAGAAAUGUCAAGAUUUACAAAGGAGUAUGACUGCAUAGUGAGUAUCGGCAAAGGAGCCUUUGGUCAGGUUUUCAAGGCAAGAGAAAUACUGCUGGACAAGAACCGUGCUGUAAAGAUUGUCCGUUGCAAAGGAAAAUCUCUGAGAGAGGUGGGAGCAUUAUCUGACCUCCAUCACUGCAAUAUUGUGCGAUACUACACAUGUUGGACGGAGGAUUCCAGUUACCAAAUGGACAGUACGUCUGACAGUAGCAGUGCUUCUCAGUCAAGUUGUAAUUCAUCAGUCAAGUACCUCUACAUUCAGAUGGAGUUGUGUGACACCAAAACACUCAGACUGUGGAUCGAUGAGAAAGACACUCAAAAUGUGAAGAAAUCUUUGCGAGACUCUAAGAGAAGGGAAGAGAGUAAAACCAUCGCUAAGCAAAUAGUCAGUGGAGUUGAUUACAUUCACUCCAAGAUGCUCAUCCACAGAGACCUGAAGCCUGCCAACAUCCUGUUUGGGCAGGACAGACAAGUUAAGAUCGGAGACUUUGGUCUGGUCACUGCUGAGAAUGACGAUGAUGCUGACAACCUGAUCGAGAGAACGGAGUACAAAGGAACCCCAUCCUACAUGGCUCCUGAGCAGAAGAGCAGAAGCACUUAUGACAGAAAAGUGGAUAUAUUUGCUUUGGGGUUAAUUUAUUUUGAACUUCUUUGGAACCUGUCAGGAGAGAGGAAACUGAUUUGGGACGAUGCCCGAAACCAGAAGCUUCCUCAAGGAUUUUCUCAAAAUUUUCCCCAAGAGGUACAGAAGCUUUCUUUCAUUUCACUUGACGCAUGCAACAGAUUUUUCCACAGGAGACAGCAGCUCGUAAUGAAAGACACAGAGUCAAAUUAUAAUGUCAAUGCUGAGUUUGAAGCCAGAGGACCGACCUGAGGCUGGUAAACUGAAGAAGGACAUAGAAGAAUGCACCCAUACAUUCACCACACCCAAAACUAUGCCUAAUGAAAGAAAUACUGUCUAAAUAAAGGAAACAAAUACUCUAACAGAAGACAAAAACAUGAGUCAUCACAAUCAGGAGUGUCUUUUCAAAUGAAUGAACUGAUGUGACGUAUUUUACAGUGAUUACGUAGUGUGAGCGGUACAUCACUGACUAGAAGGGGCCCAUUAUGUAUUUUAUUAACUGUCAAUAGAAUUUUAGAUUAAAACCCAUCAUUAUUCAUGUUUAACAAAUAAUCAUGGCAUGGCUGUAGAGUCAUUUGACAACUGCUGUUGAAAUAAAUUACUCUUUGUUAGUUAAAUGUGUCAAAGGGAGGUCACAUGGCUGCAUUUACAGUUCCUGACAGAAUUUGAUAAUUUUGGUGUGUACUCUGGGUGUGGGCAUGUUGCCUGUGUUGUUGGCACAACAAUGGGCUUAAGACAAUAAAUUUAGAAAUAUCCCAACUAUGA